GGACAAUGAUCAACACGCGUCAGCUGUUCGUGACGACGCUUCAGCGUGACGGUAAUUCACGAAGUUUGUGCACCCAAUAUUCGGAAUGUUCCCGUUGGAAAAUUGUCUAUGUUCAAUAGAAUUUCAAAAAUUAUGUCAAGUCCGAUGAAUUUUGAGUGUUUGAUAAACAUUUCGAUGAUAGGAUUUCAAAACUUUUGUCCGAUGAAUUUCGAGUGAUUAAAACUUCGAUGAACAAGAUGGAUUUGUAGGUCGAGAUCGGUUGGGAUUUGGGUGCGAUACCGUAAACGAAAUUAAGUUUUAGACCGAGAUCGGUUGAACUUUAGGUGCGAUAAACAAAAUGGAUUCAUAGUUCAAGAUCGGUUGAGACUUAAGUUCGAUCAACGUGAUUGAUUCAUCGUUUGAGAUUGAUUGAAAUCUAAGUUUGAUAAACGACAUGGAUAGAAAUCUAAUCUAGAUUAACAAAAUGUCUUCAUAUUCCAAGAUCGGUUGAGAUUUAAUUUCGAUCAACGUAAUUGAUUCAUCGUUUGAGAUUGAUUGAAAUUCAAGUUCGAUAAACGACAUGGAUAGAAAUCUAAUGAAUAAACAAAAUUUAUUCAUACUUCAAGAUCGGUUGUAGUUGGUAGCUUUUAUAAUGAAUUGCUCUGAGUAUGACGUUGAAAUAAGUGUGAAGCUUAGGAUUAAAUAAUUUGAAAAUGAUGCUGACGUAAUUUUGAAAAAGACUACAGUUCAAAAAAUGGGACCGAAUGAUUUGAAAAUAAUGUUGUAUUAAUUUCGAAAUAAAUUUGUUAUAAUGGGACCGAAUGAUUUGGAAAUAAUGUUGUAUUAAUUUUGAAAUUCAUUUGUUAUAAUGGGACCGAACGAUUUGGAAAUAAUUUAAUAAAUUUGAAAUACAGUUACAAUGAUGGGACCGAAUGAUUCGAAAGUAAUGUUGAAAUAGUUUUGAAACUUAUUCAGGAUUAUGGGUCCGAGUAGCGUUAUAGGCCUAGUAUUUUUAACAGUGUUUUCGCUGACGGAUGGUGAAACUCAUCGACAUCGGCAUGAACGAUUUCGUUUUGCAGAAAAAGUUGCUGUUCAUCAUGUGCAAGCAAUCGCGGGCAGAACAGCUGAGCUGCCCUGCCAGCUGAGCACAAAGCAGCACAACGACAAAGCACAACUUGUUCUCUGGUACAAGACAGACGACAACGUCAAAGCCCGUACCCCAUCAACACCCAUCUACAGCUACGACGCGAGAGGCGGUGGUCUUGAAUCUCUCCAUUGGUCAGAUACGAACGUUCUGGGAUCACGCGCGUUUCUGCGAACGGACGUUGCACCGGCCAAACUGGUCAUCAACGCCGUCAAAGAAACGGACGGUGGACUUUACAAGUGUCGGGUGGACUUUCAACGAUCUCCAACCACCAAUACACGGGUCAAUCUGUCUAUAAUUGUUCCCCCCGAGAGAUUGAGUGUGGUGGAUGAGCAUGGAGUUCAUAUACAGAACUACAUUCUGGGACCAUACAACGAGGGAGAUUCUAUAGAUAUAGCCUGCAUUGCGACUGGUGGUCGCCCAACAACCAGAGUGACGUGGUGGCAGGACACCGCUCUCCUGGAUGACACCUGGGAGACCAUGACCAAUAGGAGGGUGCGAAAUGUGCUGAGCAUUGCACCUCUGCAGAGACACCAUCUGCAUGCAGUCUUCACAUGUCAGGCUGCCAAUAACAACCUCGUGCCACCCAUUUCCAGCUCUGUUACUGUCGAUCUCAAUUUGAGUCCAUUGUGGGUGAGACUGGUUGGUGAGAAUAAGCCGUUAUCAGCCGGAGCUUUCUAUGAGUUCAAAUGCGAGGUGGUGGGAGCCCGACCCAGCCCACAGAUUACCUGGUGGAAAGAUAGUCUACAACUUCUCAAUUCUACACAAACUACAAGCCCGGAUGGGAACCGCACUGAGAGUACAUUGAUAUUCUCACCAAUGGUGAGUGACCAUGAGAGCACACUGACCUGCAAGACUGCGUCAACUUAUGACGGAAAUGAGUUGCCACCUUAUGACAGCUGGACGUUGAAUGUACGCCAUAUCCCGAUAGUUUCAAUUGUGAUGCUGAGAAGCUCGAAUGCGAGCACUGUCAACGAAGGAUCUCCAGUUAGUAUGAAAUGCGUCUUGGAAGCCAAUCCUCCUGUUUACAAAGUUGUUUGGAAGCACAAUGAUAAAGUGAUCUCAGUGAACGGGUCUGACGGUUAUUUCUUCGACUCAGCAACGUUGCUUAUCAACAACUGUAGCCGAGCGCACAGCGGCGUAUAUUCGUGCGUUGCUAGCAACCAGGAGGGAGACGGCUAUAGCCAGAGCAUCAGUCUCGAUGUCAAAUUUGCUCCAAUCUGCCGCCCCGGUCAGAAAACCACGGUGCUAGCCGCUCGCUACGAACCAACCGAGAUCAUCUGCGAGGUGGAAGCCAAUCCGGCCGAGGUCAGUUUUACGUGGCGCAUGGAAAGUGCAACGGAAACUGACUCCCUUGGUGGGUUCCAUGACGGUGCCGUUACAUAUUCCCGUACUGACGGAACCAGCAGUAACGAGGUCGUUCCGGAUUCCCGCGACGGAAGCCGUGACGAACGAGUGGAGUUCUCGGUGGAGGACACCCGUAGCACGGCAACCUUCAGGCCCGCUUCGCUCGCCGACUACGGCACGGUGUCGUGUUGGGCCACCAACAGUCUUGGGAGACAGACAGUGCCCUGUCAGUUCUACUUGGUGCCUGCAGGGAAACCAGACGCGCUGACCAACUGCACUCUGCUGAAUCAAACUCUGGACGGCCUGCUGAUCAGCUGUGAGGCAGGCUUCGACGGCGGCCUCGAUCAGCUGUUCCUCAUGGAGGUGUUCGACAGCCACAGCCAUCAGCUGAUCGCCAACUCGUCAGCUGACGCGCCCUACUUUGUGCUCGACCCGAUUCCCGUCGCCUACUCGCAAGGCCUCGACCUGCAUCUCUAUGCCGUCAACAGCAAGGGACGCAGUGAGCCGGCUCGGAUGCAUGUGUUCACUUUCAACACGGCCGAGAAGCGAAUUGCGGCUGUGACCCUGAAAUUGACGCCCCUCCUUGGAGUCCUGUUCGGCGUAGUGGCGGCGCUCAUCAUAGCUUUGUUCGUGGUCGCACUUGCCGUCUACUUGAGGAGUAGAGAGGCCUCUUCUCCUCCUCCUGCUCCUCCCCCUCCUCCUCCGCCCCCCUAGCAAAGAAGAGUGCCAACCGAUUGUCGUCGGAGGGUGAAGAGGAGGAGAUAUUUGGAAACGACCCCGACAUCAUACCUUCCCGAAACGAGUACGACACAGCCACUGCUAAAGAUAUGGUCGACCAUCUAACGCUAACCAUGACGCAGGUUGAGAAUGAGUUACAUCAUCGCAUCUUAGCCAAAAAUCAGACGGGGCCCGAUCAGGAGGAAUGGAACAGGAGUAGGAACGGUUCCAGACGCUGGCGAGGAACCGUUACUCUAUCGACGCAAUUGUGAUAUUUCCCAAGGGGUGAACAUCCCGUCUAACUUGCUACAUUAUCUUUGCCAUCACAAUCCUAAAGACAAGAGAGAAGAAACUGGCGAAAUUCACUUCAAACUGUCAGCAUGAAACUAUACUAACAUCAUUGACGCUACACACAAGGAACACUGACAUCAGAAAUUAUACAACUUUAGACUGUCAGUGUUAGUUAUACGUACAUCAUUGAUGCAACACAUAGGGAAUAAUGACAGUUGUAAGUGAAUAGAUCUCUACUAAGCUAAGAAUGUACUUGUACAGCAGUUUAAUGUUUGACUUGACGUAACUUUUCCAAUAAAAUCGUUGUCUCUCAAUG